UCUUUUUGGUAAACGAAACUUGAAAAACUCAUAGUUCAUUACCAAAAAAACGACUUGGAAAAUACUUCUACCUGGAUGGAAAAUUCGCACUGAGGAAAUGCCGGCAAAGGGUUCAUGGGGGUUCUCUCUCUUCGGUAAUGGGAGUGCCGCUGACGAUAAAAUUGUUGAUGGAUCUGUUCAAAAUUCACUCUCUCCUUCUCUGAGACUACAACUAGACAAGGAUGUCUACAGGCCUGGGGAUCUAGUUUCUGUGACUAUUGAGAUUCACAAUCCAUGUAAUUCUACUGACAAUUCCGAAACUCAGCAUGAAGAUGAUGAUGCUUGUUCACUUCUUGUGGAAAGACUUGGAUUUGAAAUCAAAGGGACCGAGAAAUUGGACACUCAAUGGUUCUCCAUGCAGAGACCAUUUUCUGGAACAAAACACAGAAGAGGUGAGCAGGUUUUCCUGGACUGUUCUACGCCUCAUGUCAUUUCGAAUCAGAUUGUUUCCUCUGGUGCCACCAAAACUUAUAUAGUCAGAACAGAACUACCUGAUAGUAUACCACCAUCAUACAGGGGUACAACCAUUCGUUAUUUUUACUGUGUUAGAACAACAUUAUCUGGGAGAUUUCUGGCAUUGGAGAGAGGUUCCCGUCGAGAUUUGAUGAAGGAAACAGUUCUACUGGAAGAUCGCAUUCCACUCCAAAUAUGGGUCUCUCAGAAAACUAGCGGCUUGCUUAAUGAAGAUCAAAGUGACGGGAUUUUGCAGGCUACAACUAUCCCGAUGGAUAUAUAUUGGAAGGAGAAGGAUUCUGAUUCCGAAUGGGCAAGAGCCAACGAAACAUCUGAUGGAGGUGAAGAAGGAUAUGACAGCUCAAGGGACGAGACGUCGUCUGUCUCAUCCUAUAAUCCCUCGAAGGGAAAUUUAAACAAGGCUUUGGGAAGUUCCUUGUCGUUGCAAUCAGCUGCAUCGAGGUUUUCAAACAAGGAUGUUCUACAUCUCCAAGGAGAACGCUCUAGUUUAUCAUCAUAUCUGGCACUUCCUCAUGUAUCUGUUGCUGAGGUCAUAUAUGAUUCUAGUGGUGAUGUAUUGUCCCCGGAUAAGAAGUCUCAUGCUGUUCUCUCUCCAAGUCCUAGUAAGCAGAGAAAGCAUCCCUUUUCCUCUGGUGAAGAUACUAUAGUUCCUCCUAUUGCCGAGACUUCUGAACCUGUAGCAUCAGAAGGCUUUGUUCGAGGGAGAUCCUACAAUAUCAGGCUGGAUGACCAAGUGCUGCUCCGGUUUUCUCCUAAAAACUCAGAUUCAACAUACUACUUCAGUGACAUGAUUGGUGGAACUUUGACUUUCUUUCAUGAAGAAGGGGCUAGGAGGUGUCUUGAGGUCUCAAUAACCUUGGAAACUUCAGAAACAAUAAGUCAGAAAUUUGUCCAUCCUUCACGUAGAAAUGCUCCAGUGAUUACAAAGAUCCAGAGCGAUCGUUAUGAGGUUGUUGCGGAUUUAGUACAGACAAGCUUUCUUUUUUCAAUUCCCAUGGAUGGACCCAUGUCUUUUGCGACUCCCCUAGUUUCCGUGCAAUGGGCUCUUCGGUUCGAAUUCUUUACCACUCCUAAGAACGUGGAUUGGACAAGAUACGAGCAUCCCCUUCUUAUUGAGGGAAGAGAUAAAGGGGAAUGGGUACUUCCGAUAACUGUACAUGCACCUCCACCACGAGCUCAACCUGCUCAUACAAGAAGUGAAAGGCCCGAUUCUCUCGGACCCAUAUGGAACCGUAACUGAAGGCGUGUGGUUGUGUGUGCAGGCCUCCAUUGGAUUUGUUGCAACAUAAAAGUUUGGAAACCGGUUGAUCAAACCUUCUAUGGCCAGAUUCCAUCUGCUCUGCAUGUAACCAAUUGUUAUGGGAUGUGAAGCAAGCUGGUGACACCGAGGUGAAACCCGUGAAACCCUAGUUAUGCUGUAAAAAGAUUAGAAUUUAGAAGAGAUUGAAAAGUAUGACAUGAAGUGGGAGAGUGUAACGUGAAAACAUUACUCAACAGACAUUCCUUGGCAACGCUAAGUUUUGCUUCCGUGGCCAACUUUUCCACAUGCGGAUUUAAAAGCUUUAUUCACUGUUAGCGGUUUUAUUUAAUCUUGAACGGUGUCAUUCUGUUGUUAAAUAUUCCAUAAAUUUCAUGGUUACCGUAUGCAACAUUUGCUUAUUUCCUCCGGUAAGUUUGUUUUGUUUAACUGACUGUCAGGAUUAUCUUCAGAGUGGCAUUUAAAACAUACUAGUGUGUAACCCGUGCUACGCACCGGGGCGUCGAUUGGUGUGGCGGGGCGAACCAAAUGCCUCUGGAACAUUUAAAAAAAUUCUUGAUUAACUUUUUAAUUAAUAAAAAAGUUUGAUACCUUUGGAUAUUCAA